AUGACGUAUCAUGCCCCUGUACAAAACUUUGUAGCCAUUUGUGAUUUACAUCCAAACUCCACACACCAGUGCGUGUUGGGAGUAAUUAUUGGAAAAACCGACAUCAAAGGCUUCCCGGACAAGAAAAAUAUUGGUUCAGAAAGGUUCACAUUUAGCUUUACCAUCAAAGACUCACCAGACCAUUUUAUUAAUGUCUCCUCGUGGGGCAGUGAGGAUUAUAUCCAUGGGCUGUCCAGUAGCUUCAGAACAGGAGACUGUGUUAUUAUUGAGAAUCCUUUAGUUGUCACAAAAGAUGUUGAGAAAGAAGACAGAUUCAGCCCUUCAACGCCAAGCUUUUACAGGUUGUUGGUAACUGAAACCCAUUCUGCAGUUAGAGUAUGUUCUGAAAUGGAGGCAGACACCAAGCUCCUUGCACUGUGCCACCUGCCUGUGAAGGAUCCCAGGGACUUCUACUCAUUGGGCGACAUCGUUGCGAACGGACAGAGUCUGAAUGGCAGUGUAAUCAACAUUCUUGCGGUGUUUCGAUCGGUUGGAGAGCCAAAGUAUUUCACCACUGCAGAUGGACGCAAAGGGCAAAGAUGUGAAGUGAAGCUCUUUGAUGAAACCAUAGCAAUGUUCUCUUUGAUCUGCUGGGACAGAGAAGCCAUUCAGCUUGUUCAGGCAUGGAUACCAAGAGAGACAGUGCUCUUCAUUGCAGAUGCACGUGUCAGUUUUGAUAACUUCCGCAGGAGCAUGGUUGCAACAGUUACCUCAAAAACAAUCAUCACUGUCAACCCUGACACGAAAGAGGCAAAUCUGCUCUUUAAUUAUGCCAGAGAGUUAUCAGAAGCUGGAGGACUUGAUGAUGAAGAAAACCAAACUGGAGAUGUGCCUUUGGAUUCUAUUGCUGAUGUAUUCACUGUGAACCAAUUGAAACUCAAAGCCCAGGAAAAUCUUGACAGUGAAGACCCUGUUUAUGGAAUCACCUUUGGCUUUAUAACUACUUUAAAUCUUGACUCCUCUGUUUCCAAAGUCAUACGGAGCAGGUGUGCCAAAUGCAGAUUUCAGGUGAAUGGAGAAGUGCAAAUGUGCACUAACGCUGCAUGUCCCAGUGAAGGACAGCAUCUGGAGACCACCUCUGGGUUUGACUUACUGGUGGAUAUCACCGAUCACACAGGCACGCUGCGGUCCUGCACCCUAUCUAGUACUGCAGCAGAAAAGACGCUCGGCUGCACAGCUGAAGAUUUUGUUUGCUUGACGGAAGGGCAGAGAACAGCUCUUAAAUGGAGAUUCCUUUUGGAAAGAUGCAAAAUCUACCUGAAGGUUCUGGCGUCUUCAAAAACCAGACAUUGUUUGAGAGGGAACAUCCUGUCUUGCACACUCGCUGACCCCGUGGAAGUGAGGCAGAAUGUUAUGAUUUAG